GGCGUCGAGUCGCAAAGGACGAGCUCGUCGUCAGACGAAUUGGUACUACGGCUGCUCAGGGGCCUGCUUGGGAAUCGCCGGCUGGCUUGAGGGUGGGUCAGAACAUUCCGCUUCACACUAUCGAACAAACAUACUGAAAUCAUGGCUGGCGGGCUCACCAGGUGUGCCUGCGUGGUGCUGGCGCAGUAGAAGCGUGCACCAUGCCGCGCAGGGAGAAUAAUCACUCGGUAGACAGCCCUGCGUCAGAGUUGGUACUCCAAGCGCUCGUACAGAGGUGUUCGGUACGUGGCGGUUCUGUGAGCAGUCGGCAUGUCGGAGUGUUGAUCCAGCAUUUGGCGCAAUGGAUGCGGUCCUCUUCGCGAGGUAUGGUGGCCAGGUAGUCUCAGCCUUGGCCCCAUCGCAGCAGAGGCGCGCCAGCGUCGUGAGCCCCAGGCGUCGGACGAACUUGCCGUCAGCUCGUGCCGCCGCCUACCUCCCCCAUCCGUCCAUCCCUUCCCCCUUUCCUUUGUCGAGUGGUCUCUGGUGGAAGGACCCGCACACGGAGGCGAUCCGCAUGGCACAGCAGAAGGCCGCCAUGAGGCGCGCGGGCGGCCAGGAUCUCGCCGACACCAUCCGCAACGCCCAGAUGAAGAACAUCCCUGCCGCCCAGGCGGAGGCGGAGGCGAAUGCCAUGUCAGCCCCGCGCCGCGUGCGGGACUCCGCGGCUGCGCGGAACGGUCAGCUCGGGCCGGAGUCGCUCCUCGGCACGUGGGUGGACCCGCGCGGCAACACCGUCUUGGUCAUGUCCACCGACGCCUACGCCGUGCGACUGGCGGCGAUCCUGUCCCGCCCGCCCCGAGCAGACCUCCACCUGGCCAUGCGGCCGCUAGACGACGGCGGCUGGACGUGCGGGAACUCGACCCUCAGCGCUGAGACCAGCACCGCGGAGCAACUUCAUUGGGUGGGCCCCGAUGGCAACUGGUCCAUCUGGAUGCGUGGCCGGGAGUGACCCCGGCCGCUCACCCCGGCCGCCCCGCGGCCCUCGCUGCCAGCUGCCGCCGC